AUUUCCGCCCUCUCUUGAUAAGAAGCUGACAAGUAGGCAAAAACUUAGUACCAAUCAACGUCAUGUCUUCAGAUAUUUUCAAGAAAUCUACGGUAGAUCCAAAACAAGCGAAACAAGCCUUCAAACCAUGCCAUGAAGAUUAUCAAAAGGACACAUAUGAAGGGAAGAAGAUGGCUAAAAUGCAAGACCAAUCCAACGGAAGUGGUAGAGGAAAAGCAGACUCUCAGUCCAGUCCCACACGUACGGAUUCGUGUAGUUACCAGCCUGUAACGCCGACAUCAGCGCUGCUGAGAGGAAACAAGAUCAUUUAUGCUGUGCCAAUAAGUAUCAUAUCGUUAAUGGCGCUAGCUACAAGAUUCUACAAACUUCGAGAACCUGGUCACAUCUGCUGGGAUGAAACUCAUUUUGGAAAGAUGGGGAGCUUCUACAUCAAUCGCACAUUCUUCUUUGAUGUGCACCCGCCGCUGGGUAAGAUGUUGAUAGGCCUUGCAGGUUACCUGACUGGAUACGAUGGCUCCUUUCCUUUCGACAAGCCAGGAGACAAGUAUGGCGACACCGAGUACUAUGGCAUGAGAGCUUUUUGCACCACCCUUGGGGCACUCAUCAUACCUCUGACCUACCUAACCGUGGAAGAAAUGACCAAGUCGAUUCCUGCAGCAAUAAUCGCAUCCUCACUAAUUCUAUUCGACUGUGGAUGCCUGACACUGUCCCAGUACAUCCUCCUAGAUCCUAUCCUCAUGGUAUUUAUCAGUGCCUCGGUCUUCUCUCUUGUUAAGUUCCAAUCCUGUCAGUCGAACCCGUUUAGUCCAAGGUGGUGGGUCUGGAUGGCUGUUACUGGAGUCUUACUGGCAUGUUCUUUCAGUGUCAAAUGGGUUGGACUGUUUGUCAUCCUUCUUGCUGGGGCAACCACAGCUUUGGACCUAUGGAAACUCCUUGGGGACUUGAAUCUUACAAAGAUGACACUGUUGUACCACCUCUUGGCGAGAAUAGUGUGUUUGAUAUGCCUGCCUGCAAUCAUCUACACAGCUUUCUUUGCAGUGCACUUCCAAGUGUUAAAUCAAAGUGGCAAUGGAGAUGGUUUCUACAGCUCAGCAUUCCAAGCUAAACUCAUAGGAAAUAAACUUCACAAUGCAGCUAUGCCAGAAGCUAUAGCCUAUGGAUCUCUCAUCACAUUGAAGAACCAUCGAUCUUCAGGGGGGCUACUUCACUCCCAUCAUCACCUCUACCCUGAAGGUUCUGGUGCGAUGCAGCAACAGGUGACGGCGUAUACUCACAAGGAUGUCAACAAUGAAUGGUUGGUGAAGAAGUUUAAUGUCAACCCUGACCCGAAUGAUACAUCCAUAGAGUACGUCAAACAUGGUGAUCUCAUCAGACUGGAACACACUGCAACUAAGAGAAAUCUUCACAGUCAUCCGCUACCAGCCCCACUGUCCAGUCGACAUCAACAGGUUACUUGCUACGGAGAGAAUGGUACGGGUGAUGUGAAUGAUGUGUGGAGGGUUGAGAUCGUAGGAGGCAGAGAAGGAGACCUGGUCAAAGUGGUGAAGACCAAACUCAAACUUGUUCAUCAGAUCAAUGGAUGUGCCUUAUUCUCACACUCAAAGACACUCCCUAAAUGGGGAUGGGAACAGCUGGAAGUCACCUGCAAUCCUUACAUCAGAGAUGUGAGAACCCUGUGGAAUGUAGAGGAUCACGUCAACGAGAAACUUCCCAACAUGAACAUAAGCCUAUUUGUGCCAUCAUUUCUGGAAAGAUUCUUAGAGGCUCACUUGGUCAUGGCCUCAGGUAACAGCAACCUCAAACCCAAGGAAGGUGAGAUAACAUCAGAGCCUUGGCAGUGGCCCAUCAACUACAGGGGGCAGCGGUUUUCUGGGACUAAUGAAACUGAGUACAGGGUGUACCUCCUGGGCAAUCCAGUGAUCUGGUGGGGCAACCUAGUUGUACUAGCCAUAUUCUGUCUGGCAGCAGUGGGCUGGCUCUUUAUGAUGCAGAGGGGCUGUGAGCUGUCACCACAGAUACAAGACUCUGCUGCCAAUGUGUAUCCUUCAUGUGGUUGGUUGCUCCUCGGUUGGGGACUUCACUACUUGCCGUUCUAUCUGAUGGGACGAGUUCUCUACUUCCAUCAUUACUUCCCUGCCAUGGUCUUUAAUAGUAUGAUUACAGGAAUCUUCCUGGACCAUGUCCUGAAGGUGCUUGAGCUGAAGCUAGGAGGUCGCUUUCCUCACCUUCAUCAAAGUGGAGUGGUGAUCCUCCUUGCUGUUGUCAUUCACAGCUUCUACCUGUUUUAUCCGCUCUCCUACGGGAUGGUUGGACCAUUAGCAGACAAACCAGGAAGCCAGAUGGCUGGCCUUCAUUGGCUCUCAACCUGGGAAUUCUAGUCGACACUUAUCAUCCAUCACCACUAUGUCUUCUUCAAAUCAUAUGACCAGUACUAGCCAUCACUUGCAUCUUGGAGAUGGACCCUGUUUCACAAAGCUAUUAUAUUAAAGAGAUAUUGUGCUCACAGCCAAUCUAAUGCAUUGAUUUUGUAGCUUUAGUGUAACUUGUUAUUGGUGACAAGUUUUGUGAAACAGGGUCUAGAUGUUAAAAAAAAUGUAACCCCGCAAGAGAUGCUGUCUCCUAUUUUUACUUCACAAUUACUUCGUCAAAUAUUUAUUAAGUAGUGCCAUUCUUGCAUCCUGUUGGGUAAAGUAUAUAUCUGAAGACAAAUUUUGACCGAAAUGCAGUCCAGAAUACGCAAAUUAUAUAUAAUUUUAAUUUUGCUUAAGUUACUCAAUGAAUAUUAGUAUAGAUGGCCAUUUGGCCUUUAUUGCAUAUUGAUGUUCAAUAUCAUGUAGGUGCUAGUAUUAUAGUGUUUGUCUUUACGCUUCUUUACAACCAUGAGUUGACUUUGACCUAUGACACCGUCUAUCAAAGAGGUUUAAUUGAAUUAGGAGAUGUUUAUAGAUUUAUUUUUAUAUUAUGUGCAUGUAUCAACUAACAUGUAAAUUAUGUGCUCCCAAUUUUUAUUGUGCUUAAUCAGUGAUGCAAAUUUUAUGCAAUUUUUAUGGAAAAUCAUGUAGUUUUUAUGAAAUAAAUAGUCAAUUUUGUAUUAAUCAAGGACUAGACAAGAAAAAUAAACUUCAAUCAUGUGAGACUUGAAGAUUGGUCAUAAAAUACUCCAAUUGUUAGUUGGUAUACAUGAAGUGGGCUUUUGUGUUAUAAGUGAAUCUUUUUCUCAGUAGCUCAAUUAAAACCUGUUUGGAUACUUUGAGUCUUUCUUCUUGUUAUUUUUGUUUAGUUUCUGAAGAAUUGUAUAAUUGUAUAUAUUCAUGCUGUGUAGUUGAUUUAGCCCUUUGUAUGGGUUUUUUAAAACUGUAUAUUUUAAUGGUGCUGGUAAAAUAUUCAAUCUCCUUGGCUUGCUUUGAUAAUUUAUAUUUAUAGAUUUAUUUGUAUAUACUUUGCCUUGCUGUAUUCAGUGGGAUGUUGUGUGCAUCACAUGUAAUGUGUGUGGGACUGUAGAUGUUAGACUUUAAGUCUGCUACAUACUUUGUAUUCCUUUUGUUCCUUUGUAUCCUUUGCAUGAGCUGUUUUCUUUUUGAUGAUGUACUAUUUGUUUUUAUAAGAGGGAAGUAUUAUUUACACAGAAUGUUGUCUAUGAAUAAUUUUUGAAGUCUCAGUGCCCUCUAUAAUCUGACCUUAACACAUGGUUCUGGCUUAAGACAGUAGCGGUAAUCCUCUUUCGUACAGUAUUACAUUGUUUCAUGUAGCUAUCAAUGGCAGCACAGCUAAAGCCGGGGUAAUAAUCUCCAAGUUUGGAAGCGCUUAGUGAUUGUAAUAAGCGCUAUAUAAAAACUGAGUAUUAUUAUUAUUAUUAUUGUUAUCAAGCUCUCUUCCUCUGGUAUGCCCUAACCACAAAAAGAGUAAAGUCCUGCUGUUUGGACAGAUACUUCUCAACUUCUGCAUUGUGCUUGUUGGGAUAGUUUUAUUUUCUGCUGUUGCAACCAAGCUUCAAACUCCUUUACUUUCAAUCAGUUCGAGUCAAUCUGGGAACUUAAAUUCUUGAAAUGCUCAAGAUCCAAUCACCCUAAAUUUGUAAGAUUUUGGAAAAAAUUAAGUUGAUGUUCUCAUUCUCUUUGGUAUUCUUGUUCAUUUUGUUGUUGUUGUUGGCCAGAUGUUUCUCAGAAUAUCUUUUAGAUAAAUUGUAAAUAUUACCCUUGUGUUGGACUUCAAUUUCUAUGCAUGUUUGUGUGUGCUUAUGUUUUUAUUUUCAUUACUAUCUCAAAACAACUCAUUUAAUAUGUAGAAUUAUUUAAAUAAUUAUUUUAGUUUGCCAAAUUCUGCCAUCAUGGACAUAAUUAAUAUUUGUCCCACAUGUAUAGUGCUAGUGUUCAGCCAGGAGAAUGCAGCCUUAUCCAUCCAGAUAACUAGGGAUAAAACUUGCCCCAUCCUCUAAUAAAAUUGUUAUUAGAGGAAAUCUUGGAAAUACAAAGAAAUAUUAGUGUUUGGUUAUUUUUGGUCAGGUGUGUAUUACAUGCCUUUAUUCUAUGAUUCCUAGACUGAUCCAUCUUUACAUGAUUUACGAUUUACUUCUUAUUUAUUUUUAAUGUUUAUUUUUUACCUAACUGAGGAUUAACUGAACUAUUCUGUAAAAUCACAAUGCACACCACCUGCAUAACGUGAUGUUCCCCUGACAAAACAAUAUGAAUGACAUUCAAUGACUUUCUUCCUAACAGACUUGAUUUAAUGUUUCCAGUUGAAACGUAUCUCAUGUUAGGAGUUUGCAUAGGUCAUUGGUGCUAAUUAUUUGCCAACUCUUAGCAUGAAAAUGCUUCCAUUACAUUUUGUAUUUGAGUAUAAUUUAUUCCAUCUGUCCAUGUCUUUCUAGUGAUAGUUACCACUUAUUUAAUAUCCAUACUCUCAGUACUGAAAUGAUGUAGCCAACCUCAAGCAAUCUGUGAUAAAAUUCAUGUGGGCAUGGUGAAAAAAAUAUUGUAUUUAUAUAGUGUGUAAGUGGUCAUGAUAAAUCAUGUGUGGGGAAAUGAAAUAUGUAUAUAUUUUUGUUGGACGAAUAGUAGCAUUUCUUGAAUAAUAAUGUGUAUUCAGUUUGUGGUGUAUGUAUUUGGGUUUAACUAUAAUCAGGAUCAUUUGUAGUGAGUAGUUUCACAUAUAUUAUUAUGCAGUUAUAGUUUUAUGUAUAUAUUUUCUUGCAUUUCAGUAAAUAUCCGCAAGUAACCCAUUACAAGGGCAGGUGCUUGAUUUAAACAUUGCAGAUGUAGAAAAAAAGAGUAUUUUCUGUUAUUCUAGUAUGCAUAGAAAUCAGAAAUUGGGCACAAAAAGUAGGAUGUAGUGACUAUGAUUUUUGUAUUGUGUAUAAUGAAUUAGAAGAUACUUCCUAAAAGGAAAAGAGAUGAAUUUUAUUUUCAGAUUUACGGACUCAUUUGGAUUUUGGGAACUAUUUUGCUAAGAGAGGAUUUAACGGUUGUGUUUAUGACUGAAUGAUAUUAAUUUAGAUUAUGUGGUUCAGAAACAAAUGAACAAGUGAACAAAAUAAUCAAAUUCCAAUUCUUUUGUUACCCUUUUCACCACAAGAAUUUAAUCUCAACUAAAGCUGUGUAUGAGAGUACGUUGUAGUUAUUGGUGCAUGAUUAAAAUGAUCAAAAGUGAUAUAAACACAAACAAUUAAAAGCUGUGAUUUCAGAAGUUUAAAUUACAAAUAUAAUAUUCCAAUUCAACUCUCACAAUAGCCAUGUAUAAAUAUAUGAUUUCUAUUGUAGUUAUAUAACACAAGUAUACUAUACUAUAUUAUACAAGUAGGAUUAAACUGGACAUCUUUGAAACGAGGUAAUAAAAUGGUUGUACAUCAUAAUACAUUUUACAUCAAA